GUUUCAGGCUCUCAAGUGUUAGCUUAAGUAAUUGAGAAAAGCUGAAAAAGGAGAAAGGAGAGAUAGAUAUGGCUACAAAGACUAAACCGUUCAAGAUAAUAUUGGGAUCAUCAUCUCUGGCUCGUCGACAAAUUCUAGCUGAGAUGGGAUAUGAGUUCAAAGUCAUGACUGCAGACAUAGAUGAGAAAAGUAUUCGGAAGGAAAAGCCAGAAGAAUUGGUGAUGGCACUAGCUGAGGCAAAGGCAGAUGCUAUUACUUCAAGGCUACAAACUUCAGAAUAUAAAGAGAAUGAUGCUGAGGCAACACUUUUAAUUACCGCUGACCAAGUGGUGGUCUAUGAAGGCAAAAUUAGAGAAAAGCCAUCCAGCAAGGAAGAAGCACGUCAAUUCAUCAAAGACUAUUCUGGUGGGCAUGCUGCGACAGUUGGAUCUGUACUUGUUACCAACCUUAAGACAGGAACCAGAAAAGGAGGAUGGGACAAAGCAGAGAUUUAUUUCCAUGAAAUUCCAGACGAGGUCAUGGAUAAUCUGAUCGAGGAGGGAAUUGUGCUCAAUGUUGCAGGGGGCCUUGUUGUGGAACAUCCACUGAUAAUACCCUUGGUUGAAGCAGUGGUAGGGACGAGAGACAGCGUGAUGGGUCUCCCGAAGGCUCUAACGGAGAAUCUCCUACAAGAGGCCCUGUAGCUGUUGCAGUUGCCCCUGACAUCACUCCAGAUUUAUCAGUAUAUAUGUUGGAGUUGAACCUGUGGACAAAAACUCUG